GGGCGAAGAUGAUGUAAGAGGGUUGCGGCAGCGAUGACGCAAUUCCACUUCACAAUCCCCUAUUUUAAGCUCGCCAUUCCUCAAUUCACUUCGAUUUAUCACCAUUUCCGCCAAAAUGGGAGUAAACGUCCCCAAAAUCAAGCUCGGAUCGCAGGGCCUUGAGGUCUCGAAGCUAGGGCUCGGAUGCAUGGGUAUGUCGGCUUUCUAUGGGCUGCCCAAGCCCGACGCCGAUAUGAUCAAACUUAUCCACCACGCCAUCCACUCCGGCGUCACCUUUCUCGACACCUCCGACCUCUUCGGUCCCCACAUCAAUGAGAUCCUCAUCGGAAAAGCUUUGAAAGGGGGGAUGAGGGAAAAAGUGCAACUUGCUACUAAGUUUGGGAUAAUACACCGGGGUGGGAAGGGUGAGGUACGCGGUGACCCAGCAUAUGUGAGAUCAGCAUGUGAAUCGAGCUUGAAACGUCUUGAUGUUGAGUGCAUUGAUCUCUAUUAUGUUAACCAGAUUGACACCCGUGUGCCCAUUGAAGUCACUAUGGGGGAACUCAAGAAACUGGUUGAAGAAGGAAAAAUAAAAUACAUUGGCCUCCCAGAGGCAUCUGCUUCAACAAUUAGAAGGGCUCAUGCGGUUCAUCCCAUAACUGCCGUUCAAUUUGAAUGGUCAUUGUGGUCAAGAGACGUGGAAAAAGAUUUAAUUCCUACAUGCAGAGAACUUGGUAUUGGAAUUGUCCCGUAUAGUCCACUUGGUCGCGGCUUCUUUUCAGUAGGUCCCAAGUUGCUAGAGGAUCCAUUGGAGGGUGACGUUCGCAAGAUCUAUUUUCGGAGGUUUCAAGGUGAAAAUCUUGAAAGCAACAAGCUCAUAUACGAAAAGAUUUGUGAAAUGGCAACAAGUAAAGGUUGCAGCUCAUCCCAAUUGGCAUUGGCUUGGGUUUAUCACCAAGGAGAUGAUGUGGUUCCGAUACCGGGCACCACCAAUAUAGACCAUUUUAACGACAACAUAGGAGCACUUUCUGUGAAACUAACUCCAGAAGAGAUGACCUUGCUAUCUUCUUUGGCUGAGAAUGUCAAAGGGGAAAGGACCAUGGUGAUGACAUGGAAAGAUGCAGACACUCCCUCGUUGGAAUCAUGGAAAGCCGAGGGUUGAUAUACAUUACUGCACCUGCUCCUUCCACGCCUCCAAUUGUUCUUGUAGUAGAAUAGUUAACUAUAGUACUACUUGAUAAUCUAUCUUCUUCCCUUUCUGUUUGUUUGUGAGUUUUUUAAUUGAGUUGGGGAAUAAGGAAGGUAAUGGAUUGUUUGAAUAAUAUUUGCUGCCAAUAUAGUGUGAAAUUUGCUGCCAAAAGUUUGAUACUCCAGUUGUAUUAGGUUGAAAUAUUUGGUUCUGUAUUACUACCUUGCUUUGUAUACUGGACAAAUGAAGUAGCCACAUAAUGUGUUAUUCUUGUGGGCAGAUUAUA